CGAUCAUGACGGCUUCUGCUCGACCCACAAACCGUUGGUUGCGAAAAGUACUCUGCUCUGCCAGGGAACUAUUCUCAAUACUAACAGACCAUGCACGAACCCUGCCAAGCCCAGAUAUGCCUAUUGCUGCUCAGCUCACGACCCAUUCAUGAACUACUACUCGCCGAACAUGUUUGGAGAUUCAAAUGUACGAAGUAGCAUGGAAGGCGAAGUGGUCAAGUACUACAGAGGUCGAGAUUUGUACCAUGGCGACCGACUCGACUUGGCUACCCGCGGGUUCGUCGAAAUGGACCACAUCCUCGAAAAGCAAUGCUUCUCAUACACCUUCCACUUCAUACCUUCCCGGGGCUAUGGAGAGGGUGUCGACUACCUGGCGGAACUUGUGAAGGAAGAGGUAGCCAAUGAGCUGGAUAAUUUGUGUUUCACGAGAGCCGCGACCAACCGAAUCAAAGGUGCGGCAGUGUGGAAGUUCCUUGAUGACAGUCUGACCGGCCAUGUGGGUUACCAAGGGAACGCUACAUUCAAUGACUACUUGCUGGCAGAGAAUCGAGAUAAUAUGCGGCUCGGAAGGGCGACGACUCGUAAGAUAUCUGGAGAAAUGGGAACAGCGCUCAAGUUUUGCCAGAGAAAAUCGGCCGCUGAAGGCGAGACACCGAUUAUUGAGGCUUUGAGUGACCAGCUGCAAAGAUUGUACGUGAAAAUGCAGCUUCACACGUCUCGAAGUGCCACUUCAGCUGCACGAACAAAGUCUCGCCCAUCCAACGCUAAGACUGUCGGUGCGAACGGCGCGACAUCACAUAUUGUUGCGUCUUCGAAGUCUUCAUCAAGCAAGAUAACUGACGACGCGAACGCGAACAACAAGUCGGAUAGUUCCGAGACUGAGAGUCCUACCGUGGCGAACACAGCACAUAGCGAAGUCGAUCCGAAGGUUGCAGUCUCUACUUCAAUUGAGACGGACGAGAAAAUAAAGGUUUUGAACGCUUCCGCCAAGCCAUUUGUCCCAAAUGCAGCCCAAGGCAGCGGUUCACUUCGUGACAAAUCGAACUUAUCGCGUGAAAACGCCGACAACACAUCCCGACUAACACCGACAUCGGUGAAACCAAAAGCAGCGUAACCGCGCACAUACACACCGUUAGCGCUUGAGCAAUGUGGUGGCGCAAACGAAUACAUUUCGCUCACACUGAGUUUUCAUGAAAAACUUUAUUACAAGCGGUCACUGAGAAUGUCCACUUUUAUUUUUGUUGAAAAUGUCAAUGAGAACUCAUCCAAACGAAAUGCGCGUUCUCGUCUUCGUACCAAAAAAAGUUUUAAAAACAUGUUCGUGAAGUGUUCGAUCAUUGACUGAACGAGGUCUGUAAGCAAGGAAGAAAAAGGUAGCUAGAAAGACUCGGGGUUGCGUAGCUAGCUACAUCCACAUAUU